GACUAGAUGGUCAAUUUACCCCCGAGACAUGAAGAAAAACUUGCAAUCGAAAAAUGUUUGCGUUCUUUCAUAAUCAAGUCAAUACAUGCUAUCGUACAAGCCCGUAAUGGGAUUGUUUGUAACACUAAUUGUGUGUCUGAAGUUGGCGCCAGAAACAAUAUGAUGGUGUAUGUUGAAGAAGAUCCAGAAAUCGGUGCAACUAUCAAACAAACAUUAGAUGCGAAUUUCCCUGUACAUGUACAAGAUUUGCUUAGUUUAGAAAUAUUGGCUCAUUGGCCUAAAGAACCACAAAUGUUAAUGGUUGUAGAAGUAUGGCAAUUUCGGUUAGAUAUUAUAGAACGACUUAAUACUACUACAUUACAGUUUACAAAUAAUCCUAAUUCAACCACUGGUAAUACUACUACUACUACCAAUAAUAAUAAUAGUAAUUUACCAGGAGCCGGAAAUUAUACAGAUGGUUCACAAUCAACUGAAUAUGCUGUGGAUGAUUUUAGGCAUCUACGUUUAUUCGAGAAACUUGGGACAUUAUUGAAAUCAAUAAUGGUAGUUACCCGCCUGUUACCUGGUUAUCAACUUUCUCGUCGUCAAGAUCCAAAUGAAUAUCAAAUGUGUUAUACACUGCGUCGUGGUCCUAGCGAUCUUUCUCGACUUGGUUCAACCCCGAAAUCUUAUCAAGUCGGUCGUAUAUUUUCUGGGUUAGCAAUACCACAAUCACCUAAAGAAGAACAAAUGUUCUCUACUGCUCCCUCAUCAUCUUCUAGUUCAACACCGACCGAUCAAAAAUUAACAAAACUUGAAUCAGAUCCCGGUCUAAUUAUUGCUGAUGGUUUAUUACCAGUUUAUUUAGGUACAACUGUUCAUUAUCGUACAGAAAUUCAUUUUAGUUCAAAUAAUAAAUUAAUACCUAUGAUUGAUGGUCUUACUAAAGGGAAUUUAUCUCCUAAAAACGGAAUACACGAGAUAUUCGAUACAAAUGGUCAUCAUAGUGUAAACUUCCAUGCGCUACGUAAUCAUAAAAAACCACAGAAACAUGUUCGUGUCUCAGAGACACCUUUUGUUAAACCUCUAACUAGCACACCGACUGUUGAUAUGAUUCGAUUUGAACAGUCUAAAUUGCCAUGUAGGGUAAAGCCAGCUUUUGCAGUUGAACAAUACGAAUCGGAAUCGGAUGAAUUAUUUGAUCCAGCCAGUCAGUUAUUGAGUAAAAAAUCAGCUGAACGAGUUGCUCGAAGAUUCAAACAUACAGGAAUACUAGAAACACAAGAAGAACAGGCUGAUUCAUCACACGAUGAUGAUGACGAUGAGGAGGAGGAGGAUGAUCAUUGUAAUGUUGAUGGCGGUAGAGAGUCAGAUUCAGUUGAUUCUAAUGUUGAUAAUGAAUCUUCUCAUACAAUUGACAGAGAAGUACUUCAUAUUAAACAAGAUAUAGAAAUCAAUGAACAACACAAUGCUCCUAUAAUUGACGAUAUUGACAUACAAGAAUUGAUAAAAAAUCUUAGAUCUCAAUAUACUAGUGCACCAAUUGAUAAAGAAUCAGUUAGUGAUGAUGAGGAUGAUGAUUUAAUUAGUAAACAAGUACCACUUCAAUUACCGUUUAGUACAUUCGGUGUUAGUGGUGCACGAUUGACACAUUUAUUUUCUGAACUUCGUGAAAGAGCUAAUCUGGACCUAUUCCAAGUACCACAUAUCCACCAUACUACUGCUAAUACAACUGUCAGUAACAAUAAUUCAACUACGAUUUCUCCUAGUGUUGUGAAUAAUAAUAACAACACAGCUCAGUCAUCUUUAUUCGAUGCUGACGCUUUAGUUGAUGAAUUAGAACGACAUGAAAGAAUGUUAAAAGAAUUUGAUGAUUUUCUGUCAGAUUUUCAAAGUAUUGAACCAUUCGGUAUUGUUCGUCCAACUGUUACAGUACCAUCUGAUCUAGUUAGACAACAACAUCAAAAUGUUAUUGUUGUCGGCACUGUCAUCGAUGAUAAUAAUAAUAAUACCGCUCCCAUUACAAGUAUAACUACUACUACUAAUAAUACUACUACUGUCUCUGCUGCUACAACUCUACUGACUACACGAACUCCUUAUUCUGUCAAUGAAAUGUAAUUAAAAACAUUUUCUAUUUAGAACAAAUUAUCAAAGAAAACAUUGCGAAAUAAUCAUCCAUUUUGUUUUCUGGCACAAUAUCAGAAUCCAAUAUUUGUCUUUUUCUUUAGAAUUAAUCAUACUGACUUGUAAAUUUUAAUUUCGACCGUAUACAUUGUGUGUGUGUGUGUGUUGCAUUUCUUACCAUUGUUUUUAUCUCUCUCUCCCUCUCUCUCAAUUGCGCCCUUUUUAACUUCAUUUCUUUUCUGAUUAUUAUCAUGUAAUUUAUUUAAUUGGUAAUUAUAUGAUCAUGUUUUGUUUUCU